GGGGGAGAUACCAUGUAUUCCUCUUUCACUUUCGGUUUGAUUCAGACUCUCCUUCUCUUCCCACGAAGAUGCAGCAAAUUUGUCUCUUUCUUAUUCUGCCCUGGGCCGUUUUAGGGCUGGAAGUGAUCGCUCCUCCAUCCCAACAGACUCUACUGGGAUCCACUUUGCUCCUGCCCUGCACAUUUCGAGUGGAAAACUCUCAGGUUAUAUCCAAAUUCCUUGCUAUACUUUGGUACUUUGGGGAUACAGAAAUUUUGAGAUAUGACAACAAGGGCAAGGAAAUCAUCCACUCAAGGGUGACAGUUGAUGAGAAGGGCUUCCUGCAAGGCAAUGCUUCUAUCACUCUCUCCAAUGUGACCAUCUCAGAUGAAGGGACCUACAGGUGUCUGGUCAUUCAUAGUCCCAGCAAGCAAGAAAAGAAGAUCAGCCUCAAGGUUCAAGCUGUUCCAGGGGUCCAUAUAAUAAAGAAAGCCCUAAUUAAGCAAAAGGAAGGCUCCCUCCAGUGUUUGGUCACUGAUUACUACCCACAAGCCAUCAAAGUCACUUGGCUGCUGAAUGGAAAUGCUUUAACUAGAUCAACCUCGGGGUCACCCCGACAGAAUGUGGAUGGAACAUUCCGAGUGAACAGCAGUGUGACCCUCCUCCCCUCGGAGAUACAAGAUAAUAUGGUUAUUGGGUGUCAGGUGCAACAUGAAUCAUAUCCCAGACCUCUGAUUGACAGUUUUAAAGUGGUGUAUGGAGUCCCUCCAUCAGUGCAGAUGUUCUCCUCCAAGGUUGAGGGACACUCAGAGACGAUCUUUGUGUGUGAAGCAAGUGGCUUCUCUCCAGAGCCAGUGCAGAUAAAGUGGCUUCUGAAUGGGAUGAAGGUUGAGGAGCCCAGAACAAGUGAAGGUGGAGGUUUUAUAAAGAGGUCAUAUUACUGGAACCCUUCAGGUCCUGGGAACCAACUGGCAAACAUCACCUGUGAGGCCUAUCAUGAGACUUUGUACCAACCAGUCACAGAGACACUACAGAUUACUAAGAGUUACAGACACUAUUAUUGGACUGGGGUUGCCAUAUUAUUUAUUCUUUUGGUCCUCCUGUGCUCCGUCAUCUCUACUAGUCACCAGAACUUCCAAGUGAGUCACAUACACAAGUUGAUGUUGGAUGACAGCGAGAAGGUGACUCUGUUCUGUACGGCCUCCGACUGCUCAAAGCAACCCCAAGUGACAUGGACAGUCAUGGAGGCCAGUGAAACAAAGAGCAAAGGGAAGAGGAAGGUGAUAUGGACAGAGAACUGGCAAGAUAAGGGUUCAGUACCAGCAAGUCUGACCCAGUCUGGAGAAAGUGAUCCACUGCUGAACGAGGAAUACACCGUGAGAACAGACAGAUUAGAAGUAGGAAGGCUGCUUAGUGUCCUCUCCACCUUGAGCUUCAAACCUGCUGUCCAGAAACACAAGAACAUUGAGGUUUCCUGCCAGUUUGUCUGUGGCUGGAAGAAAAUAGAGAAAAAACUGAAAUAUUCUUACAUCUUAAGGGAGCCCCAGGUCUCUCAGCCCAUAAAACUGUCCAUCAAUGAAGCUGGAGAUGUUCUCUGCUCCCUGGUCCUGCAGGAGUUUUAUCCCAGACAAAUCCGGAUCAGAUGGAGCUGUGGGGUUGGAUGUUACCAGGAUCUGGAGUCCAAUACAAAGAUAAAUCCAUGCAGUUCUAUCCAAGCGUUCAAUGCUGAGAGUGAGUGUAAGAUCCCUGGCCAACUACUCAAGGAUCCGGGAUUCCGAAUGCGAAUGACCUGGGAACAUGAAUCCAUGACUGGCCUUGAGCAGCAGGAACUCUCUGUACAAGAUAAAGAUUUCCCCUGGCGCCCACAGAUGGGAGAGAUAAUAAAUCCUGAUACUCUGAUACCCGGCACAGAGGGCAAAUUCCAGUGUAAGAUCUGGGGGUAUUUCCCUGAUGCUCUGGAGGUGAAAUGGUUGAGGAGAGAAGCAGGAGGGCAGGAAUUAUUCUCUGUGAGUCCCAGUGAGAAAUACAAGAUCCCAGAGAUGGAGCAGAAGAGAGAAGCUGAUGGGACCUUCUCCUGCACAGUCAGUCUCAUUGUCUCUGUGUCAGCAAUAACUGAGAAAGGAGCGAAGUUUAUCUGCCGGGUGGGACACCCCAGUCUGGGGGAACCCCUAGAGACAAGCACCGGGGACUUCAGUUUGAGAAGGAUCCCAGUUAUAAGGAGCAUCACACACUCAAAUGAUAAAGUAACAGCAGAAAUAGACCAGUUCUACCCACAGGACAUUGAGUUGGUUUGGAGUCGGACUAAGCACAGGAAGACUAAUAAAUAUGUAGAAUAUGAAGCCUCUCGUAUCAGUACUGAGUCCAACAGUAACAGUGACGGCACCUACAGGAUCAUCAGCUCAUGUGACCCCAAAAUAUAUACAUUUACACACAAACAUAUGAAGCUCCGUGUGGAACAUGAAGCACUGGAGACUCCCAUUGAGAGGACCCUCAUCGUGAAGAAAGAAUUGAGUUCAGUAAAGUUUUUUGAGCUUCAAGAUGGAAGAGAAAUUCCCCUGGCAGAAUCCCAACAAUCGAAUAAGAAAACCCAAUAAGAACAAAGGAACCAGACCGGUCCUGUUUAAUGUGCUGAGGUGGAUCAACAACUGAGUAUGUGGAAGAUUUUGGCAAUCGAUUUUCUUGCAACAUAUUUGUGUGAUGAUGAUGAUUUUAAAGGAACACUCUUCAUUGAUAAUUCGGAAAUCUGUGAUAGAGGGGAACCAUUCCUAUUUCCCACUUCCCUUUAAUUCCGGACGUCUUUUCCAUGUCUCUUUCCAAAGCAUUUUCAAGACAAAGUUUGCUGACACCUGUCUCUACAAGAACACGACUAUAUCAUGGAGAUACAAGUAUACUAAGUUCAUCACUUCUAAGAACUAUACUUGGGACAAUACCUUUGCAGAUGCCUUUACUAUGAAUAAGUUCAAACCAUCUUUUUUAAACGACACUAGAACAUGGAUAAAGAACAUGG